ACGGUACGGUGUUUGGUACGGUUGUUCCUUCCGGCUGGUCGUGCGCCUCGCGUACAACGCGUGCAACGCGUCCUCAUUUCUUCAAUGGGGACCUCGUGGACCCAGUGCGAGAAAACGCGCGGGCACCGAUAGCCCCGCGACACGUCGAUCUACGCGAUCGAGGUGCGCGCCGGUCGUUUUUUUGCAUUACAUAUUUUUUUUAUGAGAUACUCAUGUAGCGCGCGUAAAAAAUAAUAAUAAUAAAAAAAAAAAAAAACAAGAACGUAGAUUGUGUGAGCUUGUAAAUAGCAUUUUGUAGCGAUAGUGCACGAGUGAGAUUUUUUGUAAAUUUAUAUCAAGUGCGAGAGGAACACGAUAAGAGGAUCUAGAGAAACUCAAUAGUGAUCGAUGAUUUUUUUGGUGCUCUUUGGUGUGUGCGCGUACCGUCGCUGCUAGAGCAGGAUACGCGAUACAUUAACAAGAAGCGGUUAUGAGAGUUCGAUGACCACGAGCCCGCGGACCAUCGACGCUACCAUGGACUACCUGCAGACGUGCCUCAUCUUUUAUCUGCUGAUCCUCUGCUUCUGCGGCGGACGUUCCAUAGACAUAUCACAAUGCAUCGCACCUUUGGGAAUGGAGUCGGGCGCGAUUCCCGACGCGGACAUCACUGCGAGCUCCAGCUUCGAUAGCGGAAACGUCGGGCCGCAUCGCGCACGACUGAAGCAGGAGAGCCACGGCGGUGCCUGGUGUCCGAAGCAGCAGAUCACGACGGAUCCUCGCGAGUGGCUGGAAAUCAAUCUACACACGGUGCACAUGAUCACGGCGACCAGCACUCAGGGCCGCUUCGGCAACGGCCAGGGUGUCGAAUUCACGGAAGCUUACAUGCUGGAAUACUGGAGACCAAAGCUGGUCAAGUGGGUUCGUUACAGGAACGUUCGCGGAGAAGAGGUUAUCCAAGGUAACAGCAACACCUAUUUGGAGUCGAAGCACGAACUGGAACCACCGAUAUGGGCGACCAAAAUUCGUUUCCUACCCUAUAGCUACCACCGUCGCACCGUUUGCAUGCGCGUCGAACUCUACGGCUGUCCUUGGAAUGACGGCAUUGUCUCCUACUCGAUGCCCCAAGGUGACAAGCGUAGCAAUUGGGAGUUCUUCGACGCGACUUAUGAUGGUUAUUGGGACGGACAACUCCUCCGUGGUUUGGGACAACUGACGGACGGCAAAACCGGACCGGACUACUUUAAGAUGAACUACUACGACACCUACGACAGAAGUCAGGGAUGGGUUGGCUGGAAGAACGACACGAGGUCCGGACAUCCGCUCGAGAUAAAAUUCGAAUUCGAUCACGUCCGAGAGUUCUCGGCUGUUCACAUCUUCUGUAACAAUCAAUUCACCAAGGAUGUGCAGGUAUUUUCUGAGGUCAGCAUCACGUUCAGCAUCGGUGGCAAAUACUUCACCGGCGAUCCGAUAGUGUACAACUAUGUGGAGGACAGGAUCUUCGAGCACUCGAGAAACAUCUCGAUCAAGCUGCACCACCGGAUCGGCAAGUACGUCAAGCUGAAAUUCAGCUUCGCCUCGCGGUGGAUUAUGAUCAGCGAAGUCACCUUUGACUCCGACAUCGCUCACGGUAACUUCAGCACGGAAGCACCGCCCACGACCGAGGCUCCGCGAAUGCGGGAUAGAACUUUAACUCGCGACAAUCCGCUGCAAACCGAAGUUCCGGUGGCUAAGCAGGACGAUCCGACUUACACGGCUGUGAUCAUUGGCGCCCUGAUCGUCGUAAUCCUGCUGCUGGCGGUCGCCAUGUUCCUAAUAGUCACGCGUCACCGGCAACGUAAGAACUUUGCCAGUCCUCUGGGCACCAAGAGCACGAUACCGUCGGGCAAUCAUCAGCAUCUGUCGCCGGAGUCCGCAUACGGCACCACGGAGAAGGACCCGUCGUUGAUGACCUACAGGGUCGAGGAUCUCGACGACCGAUACGCCGGCACGAAGCUCACAACCCUGCCGCGAGAUCUCAAUGAUCGUCUUUUGGGCGAUGUCAGACUCGACGAGUAUCAGGAACCCUUUCACGAGAACAAGUAUCGGGAUUCCCCUCAUACGGCGUACUACGGAUAUAGCACGGUUGUUCUAGACAACAAGGACCUACAUGACAACGUCGAACAGUCUGAUGCCACUUAUGAUUACGCAGUACCAAUGCCCGUGCCUAGCGUAAGCAGCGAUCAAGACAGCGUGUUCUCGAAAUCCUCCUCCAGGGGUAGCGCAAAGGCUUGCUUGCAGAGCUUUUUUCCGCCGCCUCCGCCCCCCAUGAGUGCACCACCCCCUCGAGGCACCAGCAACUUGACGUAUUCGAAUCCACCGAGUCCGGAACCAGUUUGCGAGCGCGAGCGCAGAGGCAGUAAGCGCCGCGAGCACUCCUUGCACAGAUACGCGUAAGGACUUUUUGCAGCGUCUGUGCGGAUAUUCACGAAAAAAAAAAAAAAAACGAAUGGAUCGAAGGUAUGAUGGAUUCUUCGUUAUUGCGAGCAACGAGACUGCGUGAUAUCGAGCAAGGUUCUCCGGCACUGGUUUAUCUUCCGACGGAAGAAUUCUGUUCCGUUCUUGCUCGGCCAUCCUACUCUUGCAAUAUUACAAUAUAUACAUAUAUAUAUAUAUAUAUAUAUUUAUAUAUAUAGAUUUGUUGCACUCCGUAUCUUAUUUUGCGUCAAUAAAAGACUUGUUUGUAAUUUAUUUUCACAAUUUUUUUUAUAUCGAACUUUUGCAAUCGCGUUAACGAGAAUUAUUCUCGCGAGCGAGAAUUACUCUUCUACGUUUGAGAAGCAAUUUUCUGUUUUGUAAAAAAAAGUUUAUUUUUUUUUUUACGAAAUAAAACAUUUGGUUCCGCACAUUUUACUUCGUCUGCGCGCGUCUCAAGUUUCUCCAACGUAUUGGCGAAAGAGAGCGGCAAGCAUGGAGCAGAGCAAAAUCAAGAACCGUGCCGUGAGAACACCGUGAGAACGCGCGCGUUGUUAAUCGAGGUAAAGAUCCGGUGGCAAAAGUAAAGCACGCGUAAAGCGACCGCGCGGCGAAAGGGAUCCCGCUUGUUACAACGACGAUAUUUUUUUUUCUUCGAAUUUAGCGCAAGGGAAUCGCGCGCGAGAGAAGAAUCGACGCGAUCCGCGGCGCGGUCGCGCGUCCAUCGCGAAUAAGAAACACAAACUCUCUUCUCGACGAGCACUGCCAUCGAUGAAUUUUUAAACAUAUAUAUGUAUAAAUGCGUGACCACACAAACACGCGUUUUUUUUUUUAGGGAGAUCCGAUCUACUUCCUCUACUAAGAGAUGCAUGUAAAAAACGCGUACCUAUAUGUGUAAUCGUUAUGUAUUAAAUUGGCAUAUCAGUUUAAAAUAUUAAUAGAGAGUGACCCUAGCGCGCAAGACGACGACUCUUCCCGAGAUUCGUCCGUGAAAAUCGCGAACAAAAUAUCAAGGAUCGCGGUGCCGCGCGCUUGCUAUUUUCAAUUUUCCGCAGUUUUCGAAUCACUCGCGCUUUAGAAUCCCGGCAUCUUUCGCGUUCCGGUGCACACUGCCAAGUUUUCUUCAUACCUGAAAAGUGGAAUUCCGCGAACGGGAUAUAUAAAUUGUGACGUUGCGAAAUGCCACUUCCGCCUGGCGGUCUCUCGGAAUUACAAUAACGACAUGUAAGCCGAGAAAUAUGUGAGGAACACAACGCGCCCGCAUUUCGGACGAAUUUCCAGGAAGAGUCCGCGUUAAUGAUUUGGUCUGUUCGGCGCGCAUGUGCAACAAGAUCGAGCUCGCUAUCGAUCCAAGAGAAACGUCUGGCGACCACUGGGGAAGAAAAAAAUGCGAUUGGGCGGAUGAGAGAUAUUUAUCCGAUGGCGCGAUCGUUACGUCGAAUCGGAAAGAUAAUUAAUUACGGGCUUGAUGGAGUAAGCGGGCGUUUCAAUUAUUCGCGCGCUCGAACGAAACGUCAAGCGUCGCGACGCUUGACAUCCACGGAAGGAGUGAAGGGAAAGAGAAGAAAGGAGGAGUGGGAAAGAGAGGCGGAGAGAGAAAAGCCGCGACAAGAUCGACGUGACGAUAUUUAAAAGAGCGAACGGUAGCGAGCUUCGAUCUCACCUCACACAAGACUGACGUCACAUAAAUAAUUCAGUAUCCUGACUGCGCGCGACGCGCGCACAAGUUGUAUUAUUUAUUGUCGUAUACACACGGCGCUCCGUGACGAAUCCUUAAUUUAUAUAUACAUAUAUAUAUAUAUAUAUAUAUACAUAUACAAUAUAUAUAUAUGUAUAUAUGUACAUAUAUAAGA